AUCAGUGAGGCAGAGACCUCUCAAUCUCUCGCGUCCCUCUCGCUCUCUUCCCGCUAUUCUUCUCGUCCAGAUCUGGACGUCGGAGCACCGCCCACCGCUCGUCCCCACCGCGGCCGGUGCCUCGCCGGCGGCCGGCUCGCCCGCACUGCCUCUAGGUCGUAGGAGCACUGCCAGCUCGCCAGUGCGGCCGAAGAGCGGCACGCACUGCCCCCUCGCUUCUCCCCUCCUGCCCUCUCCGCGCACCCGACAUCGCCGCCCCCCACCCACCACAGCCUCCACGGCCGCCCAAAUGUCGGACGGUGAGGAGAAGAGGGAGAUCGCCGUCUGGUUCCUCUCCAACGCCCCCGCCGGCGAGAUCCACUACGUCGCCAAAGAUGUGCGAGCGCUGCUGGGGGACGAGGCGGUGUACGAGGCCGCCGCGGCGGAGGCCUUCCCGGAGCACAACAAGGCGCACCUCGUGGCCCUCGAGCUCCCUGACCGCAGCGGUGAUAUAAUUAUCACAACUUAUGGGGAGCUUGACAAGAACAAUUAUCUGGAUCCUAGGACUGCUCAAGUUGCUACAGUGGACCAUAUUAAACAGAAAUGUACAAAAUUGAGGCCAGCUGCUGAUGAGGAGCUUCCUUCAGCAUACAUUGAAGAUUUCAGGAGUGCCCUGGAUGUUGAAUUAUCCAAAUAUGUUGGUGAAGCUUAUCCAAAAGGGGUGUGUGCUGUUUAUUGUACCAGCGGAAAAGAUAUAGAGGGACCAGGAGUUGAUUUUCGUUUUGCAGCAGUUAUUUCUGCUGCUAAACGCAGCCCACAAAACUUUUGCAACGGCAAUUGGCGCUCAAUUUGGACUCUGGAAUUCAUAGAUGGAUUACAGCUUGUCGAAAUUAAAGGGAAAAUACAGGUAGGUGCUCAUUAUUUUGAAGAGGGAAAUGUGCAGCUGGAUACUAACAUCGAUUGCAAGGAUUCCACCAUAUUGCAGUCUCCUGAGGAAUGUGCAGUAUCAAUAACUAACAUCAUUCGGCAUCAUGAGUCAGAAUAUUUGUCAUCACUUGAGGAAUCAUACAUGAAUUUGUCUGAUGCAACCUUCAAGGAUCUUCGAAGGAAACUUCCCGUUACUCGUACUCUUUUCCCAUGGCACAACACAUUAGCCCUCAGCCUUACAAGAGACCUCACCAAAGAACUGGCUAUAGGAAAAUGAAGCUUGUGGAGGUCAGUUCAUUAGAUUAGCUUUGAUAUGGAUUUUUUUUUAUCUCCAUGCUAUGUGUUGUUCUGUAGAUCCUGCAAUUCAUAUCCUGUAGCCAGCAAUUCUCUUGUUUUGAUUUCUGGGCUUCCACAUAUCAGUGUAAAUCAAGAACAUGCACUUCUUGUGAGGAAGUUACAUUUCAAGAAUAUAUGAUAUCUGAAUGUUGACUGUGUCAACUCAUGUUAACUCUUGCUGCCGUCAUGAAACAAACCGGGCAAGCCUAAA